UAUUUUUUGGAGCUUCAUAGAACCAACUAAAGAUGUAACAAGAAUAAAAUAUCGUCACUACCGGUGAAAAAUGUUACAACGAGAUGGACUAAGAUUGUGUGCCCAUUCCACCACUAAUUGUGUUGCGUGUUUGAAUAAAAAUAAAAUGACUUUGACAUGCCGUGUACAAUAUCUGAAUGACAUCGAUCCAUUCACUUACACUACCACCUUUCCGGAUCCAGCAAGACCUCCAAUUCACACGUUCAGCACCACGUUGCCUCUCAUCGAUCAGUUAGCUGCUAUUCACCGGCUGCUCAAGUCUCCACAUAGGCUGGAUGAUGCCACAUUGCAGCUAUACAGAGAUGGAGAUUAUGGCUCUUACCUUGACCUAGAGGCGUCUAUUAGUGAACAACAAGAGGAGUUUGAAGGCUUUCAAUUAAA